AUUUGUUGGGUUUUUUUUUUUACAAGGCUGUCAUUUUUUGUUGUGCUGUCAUGGAUUCAAAUACUCAAAAAGUCGCUGUAUUUUUCAUUAUGGUAUUUCUACUUCUUGUUAACUCAUGGUUGCUUCUUCAGCUUACCUUAAGAUAGACAGCUUUAAUUUAGUCUUAUUGAACAACUAUUUACGGGUAUAAUUGCUUCAUUUCUUAAAAGGGAGGUUAAUGAUGAAGGGGGAUUUUGUUUUGUUAAUUUAUUAUAUGGUUUCAAUGUGUUACUUUAUACAGAAGAAUGCAAAGAUUUAUGGUGGAUUAUGCUUUUAUUGUGUAUUGUACUAACCGGAAGUGUGAUUUAAUCCUUUACGUCACUGAAUUAAAUUAAGUCUUUCGUUAUAUUUAAAUCAAUGUUAACUAUUUGGCGCAUGCUGAUGUCCUUAUUACAGCAUUUCGACGCAUUUAUUUAAAAUAAUCCUGGAAAAUAGUUUAAAAAGCGCAUCCUUCAAAUUAAAAGCCCGACAUUAAAAGGCGGUAAGUGGAUUUUUAUUUUCAGAGCGUCGUUUAUUUACCUACCUUUAUUUAAAGGUAUACAUCGUGGUGAGGUACAUUGAAGGCGAUGUUUGAGCCAGCUGGUUGUUUUCGGUCAUCUCUUGGUUUCUUGUAACCGGGGGUCUCCGUGGUCCUGCUGCCUCCCCGGAGAACACGGCUGACCUUGAGGACUCCGUCAUGGACCUGACGCGGCUGGCCGUGGAUGCUGGUCAGUUCAUCAACAGGGCUGUUCAGUACACCGGAGAGAUUCUCGGCCACACGGGCAGGACUGAGCUGGACCCCGAGCUGGAGACGCUCCUGGCCCGUGCAGAUGCCACCAAGACUUGGACGGACUCGAUCAUCUCUCAGACUGAGGUUUUACUUCAACCCAGUCUUGGAGCUCGAUUAGAGGACCGGCUGUACGAGCAUCUGGAAUGGAGCGCCCCAACUCGACCCCGUGCACACGAGGUACUGGGAGAGCAAAUGACCCAGGCUGGACUGGAGAUUGGAUCAAACACCCCCUAUGGAACAACUCUGCUGAGGUGCGGAGAGACCCAGAAGCAGCUGGGAGAAGCUGAGAGGAAGUUUGCAGAAUGCACCAAUAUUCACUUUCUCACACCUCUGAAGAGUUUCACAGAGGGGGAAUACAAAGUCAUCCAGAGUGAGCGGAAGAUGCUGCUUAACAAGCGUUUGGAUUUGGAUAUUGCCAAGACCAGACUGAGGAAAGCUCACGAAGCCGACAGAGAGGCCCGAAACAUGAAUUCAAACCCACUGGAUGAGGACUACCUGUCUCAUGUCUCCUACAUGUUCAGCUUCCUGCAUGUUAAAUGGCUGAAGAUAUGGGCCCAGGAAAUCUCUCAGGCUGAGAUGGAGCUGAGAAUCUGUCAGAGUCUUUUCGAUCGGCAGUCAGAAAUCACAAGACGGAGCCUGGCAGGAAUCGGCAACACGCACACAAACCACAUGCGGAGCUUGACUGACUUUGUAGACGGUCAGGCAGCUUUUUUUGCUCAGUGCAACCAACAUGCUCAGGAGCUUCAAAGCCAGCUCGCCAGGAUUCCAGCUGUCUUUUGCUCCAACAACUGGCAGUCAGCAGUUUGUAACGAGCUUAACGGCCUGUCGACAGGCAGCCACGUAGCUGCUGAGUCUGUUGGGUUGGACCAGAUCACUCUAGUUCCUACAGCAGCUCGCCAGCUACCAGACUUUGACCAGGAAUCAUGGACUGUAACUGCUUCUCCUAAAUCUGAAACUGUUUCCUCCUCAACUGUUCUUUCACCUGAUCAAACAAACAGCAAUAAUAACAACAACACCUUCUGCUCUACCAGCCAAUCAAGAGGUCAGCAAUCAGCGGAUAAAAGUCAGCCAUUUACAGACCAACCAGAGGAGGUUUCAUCAACGAAUGAUCUGGAAUCCAACAUUUUGCCUUCUUCCAAGGAUUUUUCACAGUCUGCCACAGCCAAAUUAACCAAUGGUACUAGUUUGACAACAUUAGCCCCAAAACCCCCUUCCCCUCAAUCCAGUGCAAUCCCAAAUGAGACCCAGACGGCAGAUCCAGGAGCCUCUGAAGCUCCUGACAUCACUACUUCCAAUUAUGAGUAGCCAGUCACUAAUAGAAAAGGCAUCUUUUCAGGGUUGUUGUGGUACUGACACUAUCUGGAGCUGCAGCGGGUUUAUUUCCAAGUAAACUUGAAAGAUACAGUUUACAAUAACUUGUCAGACGUGGGAUUAUAACAAUUAUAAAAGCAUUUAUUCAGAGGGCUCAUAUACAGAAGCGUAUUGCAUUCACCUAGAAAAAGAAGAAAUCGGUCUCUUCUAAAUUAAUGAUGCUGCUGUGAUUUCAUGUUAUUGUUGGCUUUGCAGAUUUCUAAGCAAAAGAUGCUUUUCCGUCAGAGAAGCUUCAACAUGUCCCGUUUGAGUUUAAUUCCUUUUUGCUUCCUUUAAGAACUGGGACACUGGGAAAUUCUCGUCUCUUAGUUAUGUAGAUGUGAUCACUAUUAGUUUAUUGACUUUGCUACUCAUGAUAUGCUUGCUUUCUUCUUUUCUCCAGUUUGUUAGUUCAGAAUAACAGCGCUUUUACAUUUUUUUUAAAAAGAAAAUUAUCUCAUUAAUUCCAAAACUUUUAACUUAUAUAUGUAUUCGACUCAU